GGAGGAGGGCCUCUGGGCUGCAGCAGUGUGCCGGUGGCUCCCUGAACCAGUGGGGAAUGUCAGUGAGAGGUCCCAGGACAGUUGUGUGUGUGUUUACAUUUGUCUAAACAUGCCCGAUGAGCAAGCACCGGUGGGGCGCUGAGCAUAUUUGUUUGGUUUGCGUGAUAAUUAUGCUCCUAACAAGUUUUUUUUACUUGAAUCGUGCAUAGAGUUUGCGUGCCCUAUAUUUGUUUAAUUUGUCUCUAUAGGCGUGUUUUUUCCCCCAAAAGUGUUUCUGUGAUGGUGGGCUCUAGGCUACGUUUUAGCAAUUGGAUACUAUUUGUCUUGCUUGUUUUUGUGCGUCCAUGUGCUGUUGGAAGCUUGUUUCAAUUCAUACAUUGUGUGUGUGUGGGGGGGUGUGCGCUUGUGUGUGUGUGUGUGUGUGUGUGCCUGGACUCUGCGCGGUAUCUGCAGCUCUGGGGUGUGAUCCACAGGGGCAAAAAGGGGCCCCUCAUGUCGAGCUGUUGUUAAAGAUUUCUCUCGUUCACAGGAACACUGUGUACUCUCAGUGCAUUCCAAGAAGCCAGACAUAGAGAAAUGGACCCUUGCAGCACCAACCGUUACUUUGAAGCUGUCUGAGCUCGAGGACAACAAUUCACAGAAGGCGUUUGGUUUGAGAUUCACCCCUAGGUCAUCAGUGCUGGUCACCACAGAUCAUCUUCAACCAGUUGACAGCAGGGGUCCAUAGUGGCGCAUCUUUCAACGUGAAGCCGCCCCCCCCAAACAAACAGAAUCCCUUCACCCCCACCCCCCAUUCCUCUGCUGGGCCACCAUGGGCGAAGUUGUCAUAGUGAAAGAAGGAUGGCUUCACAAACGAGGAGAGUACAUAAAGACCUGGAGACCGAGGUAUUUCCUGCUGAAGAGCGACGGUACAUUCAUCGGGUACAAGGAGCGGCCGCAGGAUGUGGACCAGCUGGAGACGCCACUUAAUAACUUCUCAGUAGCUCAGUGCCAGCUGAUGAAGACAGAGAGGCCAAAGUCCAACACGUUCAUCAUCCGCUGCCUGCAGUGGACCACUGUGAUCGAGCGCACCUUCCACGUGGAGACCCCUGAGGAGAGGGAGGAGUGGACGAAGGCCAUCCAAACGGUGGCAGAUGGGCUGAAGAAGCAGGAGGAGGAGAGGAUGGACUCCUCGCCUGACCCCAUGGACAUGGACAUGUACCUCACCAAACCCAGACUCAAAGUGACUAUGCACGACUUUGAAUAUCUCAAACUCCUGGGAAAAGGCACUUUUGGGAAGGUGAUUCUAGUGAAGGAGAAGGCUACAGGCAAAUAUUACGCUAUGAAAAUCCUUAAAAAAGAAGUGAUUGUAGCAAAAGAUGAAGUAGCACACACACUCACUGAAAACAGAGUACUGCAGAACUCAAAACACCCAUUCUUGACAGGUCUUAAGUAUUCCUUCCAGACUCCUGACCGCCUGUGUUUCGUCAUGGAGUACGCCAACGGAGGAGAGCUGUUCUUCCACCUGUCGCGAGACCGCGUGUUCUCUGAGGAGAGGGCCCGCUUCUACGGGGCCGAGAUCGUGUCUGCGCUGCACUACCUCCACUCCGAGAAGAAUGUGGUCUACCGGGACCUGAAGCUGGAGAAUCUAAUGCUGGACAAAGACGGCCACAUCAAGAUCACAGACUUUGGUUUGUGUAAGGAGGGCAUCAAAGACGGGGCCACAAUGAAAACCUUCUGUGGAACACCAGAAUACCUGGCGCCUGAGGUAUUGGAAGACAACGAUUAUGGACGAGCGGUGGACUGGUGGGGUCUGGGUGUGGUCAUGUACGAGAUGAUGUGUGGCCGACUGCCCUUCUACAACCAGGACCACGAGAAGCUGUUUGAGCUGAUCCUCAUGGAGGAGAUCCGCUUCCCGCGCACCCUCGGGCCCGAGGGCAAGUCUCUACUGUCUGGCCUGCUGAAGAAGGACCCCAAGCAGAGGUUAGGUGGAGGGCCGGAUGACGCCAAGGAAAUCAUGCAACACAAGUUCUUUGCGGGGAUUGAAUGGCAAGACGUAUAUGAGAGAAAGCUGGUUCCACCAUUCAAGCCCCAGGUCACCUCGGAAACGGACACACGCUAUUUUGACGUGGAGUUCACAGGCCAAACCAUCACCAUUACGCCUCCUGGGCAAGAUGAUAACAUGGAGUCUUUCGAUAGCGACAGAAGACCCCACUUCCCACAGUUCUCCUACUCCGCCAGUGGGACUGCCUAAAGACUUAGACCAUACAUUUCGCCCCCCUCAUCUUUUGUCUAAUGGACCACAAUCUUCAGUCUCCACCCAACCUCCUGCGAUCCCUUCCUCCCGCGUUCCCCAACUGCGACACAUCUACAUGGGCCAUCAGAGACCUCAAUCAUGUUUGUUUCCUGUCAUCAUUGUUUGUUAUCAUGCUGGGAUGAUUGGACUGCUUCACAAAUCUCGAGGGUAGUUCUUCUAUCGCUGUCUCCUGACCUUCUCGAGCACGGAGUCCCUGAAGGAAUCCACCUUGUCUUCAAUAGGUCUAUAUCCUCUAGUGAGUCCAGUUGAUAGUGAGGAGACAAGGAGAGAAGACUACUGUAGAACGAUAUCCACUCUCCAGCCUUUUUAAAUAUAGUUAUUUAUAUUGCUUUAAGGGUAGGGGUGUCAGCUGCACAGCAAAACACCUGAGGUAAAGGAGUCAAGAUGUCUAAGGUGCAGCAACAGUUGACUAUAAGAAUAUACAAACGGACACGACAAUUAGUUUACUUCAAGUGGCUUGCCUCAAACAAGAAGCACGGUCACCGUCAAACGACUAGUUUCUCGAAACGGUACACUGUCAAGCUAGUUGGACAGCUUUGUUACUUUGUAAGUCGGUUUUAACAUGGAGCCAAGGAAACACCAAUUUGUUGGUUUUAAAGUAGUCAUCCUCCUUCCCUACUCCAUCUUAGUCUAGUGUGAUUCAUCACUGCCAUUCAGCUUCCAAACACUCCACUGUUUGUGAGGGGUAACACUAAAUAUCUCUACUUGCUCUCCAUGCCUUCUUAAUGAUGAGGAAUGUGCCUGCCUUCUAGUAUGCAGAAGAACUAGAUCACAGAGCUAGUCCACAGAGUCCAUGGUAUUGGCUGUUACAUCAAUAUUGUUCAGUUCUUAUCUCUGUUUCUCGCACCAUUCAGCCUGUGCUUGAGGAUAAUAGUUACUUAAUUGUAAUGUAUCAGAAAACAUGUCUGGGAAUAUGGCAUUCCUAUGUCCGUGAACUGUUGCUGUCAUACGAUUAUGAUGCAGCCCUUGUCAAGUCCAACUUUACGAGGCAUCAUAAUUGUUUAAAAUUGGGAAAUGUUUAAUUACGCAGAUGUGGCAGUCUCCAGGUGCAGGUUUUUUUUAUAAUCGAAUCAAACUACAGUACGGAAGACAUGUAUUCUGAUACAUCCAUUUACCGUGGAAGAACUGGAUGUACAUAUUUGUUAUGCUAGACAGGCCACUAUUCUUAGUUUUAGGGAAUCAAUGUACUUUAUGAAAAAUCAUGGUAAAGGCGCUAUCGUUCAAAGAACCUUUUGAGCUGGUCGUUUUAAUUAUUAGAAUUUUUUGUGAUUUCCCAAUCAAAGCAAAACACACAUGGAACUUCAACGGUCAUUAAAUAGCUAGCAGACUGCCAUUAGGCUUGCUAGAAAAGAGAGAGGGAAAAAAUUAUAUAAGAUGCCUUUUUCAACCAGCAUGACCUUGAAUGCUGAUGCCUGCAUGGCUUAAACGUACUAAUCUGAUGCUCAAUCACAAAUAAAUUGUUCUAGUAUUAAAAUGAUAGUAACAAACCAGUUGCUUUACAUAUCUUGGAAAAAGAGCACAAGCCACAUGCUGUCCUAAAAAAAUUAGUUGAGUUGAAAAUGAGAAAUGUUAUUAGUAGACCGUGAGAAAGGAACAGUUUACAUGAUUCCUAACACUUAGAGGGGCCAAUGCAUGCUCAAGAACACAAUCAAGAGUUAACUAUAAUCUCAUUUCUCCUCACCCAGGUGGCAACAUAUUCUGAGGAAAAGUAACUUGUUCAGAGUUGGCAUAUACUUUAGUGAGACUAUCUGGACUGUGUCAAAUACGUGCAAUAAAAAAUACGUGGCUAGCAUCCUCAAAAGGGCAAGGAGGGGUACUACACUCCAUUAUGUCUCUUUUUGUCCCAUUAUAUUUCUGUUUGUAAGCAGACUGGUGCAUAUUGGAAAAUGGAACUGCCGUCAAGGUAUUACAAUUAGGUGGCAACAAAACAAAAAUAAUUGGGGGAGGACUUGGAAUAGGGAGUGCAAAUACAACAAUUUUAAAUGAAUGUCUUUUCUUUGUUGCUAGAACUGUGACCAAAGUCUUGUUUAGUUUUUAUGUCGUACAAAACCUCACCUUUUGUCUCACCCUCACCUUAACUAAUAUUACAAAGUAGGGACGAAAAUUGUACUUCCCGAAAGGCAGGUAUACACACCUUUUGGGAUUCAUUGUGUGAAUGUUCUCCUCUGCGAAGACGCAGACCCUGAUAUUUACCAGAACUGGUAGUUCUCAAAAGUAUAUGUGGUUUUCUCUGUACAUUUUUUGUUUUCCAAAUCCUUUUACAACUAUUGGGCAUUUUUAUCGCCAAUGCAUUUAGCAAUGCCUCAGUGAGGCUACUGUUACAAAACAGACACAGAUAGCUAGUGGUGCAAAGGGAGCAUGCAAGCUGAAACAUAUUUGUAAUUUUGUAAAAGAUUAGGACGAGAUCCAUUAAGAGUUGACCACAGUUCAUACAUUCAUACUGUGUACUCGAUAAGGAGUUUGUACCCUAUGAGGAACAAAGACUAAAUUAUUUUUUCUUCACAUGACUCUAAAUUGUUUCAGAUGUUAGUGGUGUCUUCAUUGUCUUAAUCAAAUCCAAGAGAGGACAAUCCACAUUUGCUUUGAAUUCAUUCAGUGAAGAAUACAAAGUCCAAACAUUGGGUUUGCCGAGCACUACCCUAUGGAAACAAGUGAUACCCCUUUUUUUUGUGGGAAAACAAUUCAAAAGAGAUUUCCUUGAAUAUGGAAUAGUUAAUAAAACAUGUUCAUGAAUGUAAAACUAAUUUAAUAUUUGUCCCAUUCCAUUUUGUAUGUUUUUUGUAACUUUAUUUACAUUAUUUUUACUUUCAUAUUUUAAUUAUUGCCCUUUUGUUGUUAAUUGACAUUAAAUGGAAAAUGGUGAUUUGCCAUUUAAGUUGAGCAAAAUGUUAAAACAACCGCUCUUUAAGUUAUUACCCUUGCAGGCCCCUGUGGUAGUAAAUCGAUGAGUGCACCAACUUUUGUGAACAAAGAACAACAUUUUAUUUAGUGUGUUGUUUGCUUAUGUGGCAUUAUUUUUCAUUUGGAUAAAAUAAAGAAUUUUUGGACAAAA